CUUGAUUUUCCAUCCACACACCUGUUCAAUGGUAUUCUCUUGUGGCUAGGUGGUCAGUCACAAACAUAGCAACUGUGUGUUCUUGUCUGUAAGCAGUUCCAUUGUCCAGUCUAAGGGGUUAGGUAGCAUGAAAGUGAUUGAGCACGAGUGAGCUUGUUACAUGUGACACAGAAGUAAUUUGGCUGCUGCGCCACCCGGCAGUGGCUGCAGGGUUUUAUGGGCCAUACAAAAUAUCACAUAACACCAUUGCCGUCGUGCCUCCCCGAAAUAGCCCCCUGUGGACAAACAAGCUUCAGAACAGCACAACAUUUACCUCAGGAGAGAGAAACCGCCGUUACCGCUACAAAGAAAAAACAAACAAAAUCGGACCAGUCAGCUGUUACUCUUAUUACCACUUGAGCGCGGACUCAACCUGCAUUGCAUAAAUGCCUCCAAAGCGCUACCGCAAUGAUGUGAUCGCUACGGCCCAGGCCACAGGUUAUGUUCUUCAAUUCUGGAACUGUCUUUUGGUGGGGGAUGACUUGACCCUUAUUAGCAUCAUGGACGAACCUGAGUGUGAAGACCUCAUCGAUGCCAUCUAUGACACUAGCAACAUUGAGGAGUGGAAGAACUUCAGGCACCACUAUAGAACCCUGAGACUGUGGUCUCUGACCUAUGAGCAGCAGCUGACAACCCCACUCCACAUUACAGCAGGCCGGGGGUUUGUUGACUGCUUGAGGCACCUGCUGCAGCGCGGGGCCAGUGUAGACCUGGCCCCUGGGGGCACCACUGCCCUCCAUGAGGCCUGCCAGAAUGGCCAGCCCCAGUGUGUAAAAUUGCUGCUGUCCCAUGGUGCCAACUCCAACGCUAUCAGUGAAGAUGGGCUCAUGCCCUUGCACAUGUGCACCAGUCCUGAGUCCCUAGUGUGCGCCAAACACCUGCUCCAGUUUGGCGCUGCAAUCAAUGGGCGGAGCCUCAACGAGGAUAACACGCCGUUACAUGUGGCGGCACAGAACGGGCUCCCGGGUCACACGGAGCUGUACCUGCACUACGGCGCCGCCCUGGAGAAGCGGAAUGACGAUGGUCUCACGCCACUCAACGCCGCUUGCUCACAACCACAGGAGAAGGACGAUCUGGAACGCUACACCAAGGUGUGUGAGCUGCUGCUGGCGACGGGAGCUGACGUCAACACAGAGGACCAGGACAAACAGUCCCCGCUCCACAUGGCCUGUAAGAACGUCAACCCGGACGUAGUGGAUCGUCUUCUGGCCCACGGAGCCUGCGUCAACACCAUGUGUUACAGUGGAAACGCCCCCAUGCAAAACGUCCUCAAGGUGGUGGCCUACAAGGCGGAGCACAAGCCAGAGAGGGUAGUCCGCUCUCUGCUCAACCACGGCUCCAUCAGGGUGUGGCCUGGAGCACUGCCCGAGGUGCUAAAGUAUUGCUGUGUCUCCCCACGCACCAUUGAGGUUCUUCUGAAUGCGUACGACCGCCUCAAGGUCACAGAUGACUGGGUGGAGGCUGUUUCACCUGAGAUGUUUAAGGAACACAAGGGGUUCUAUGAAUCCGUCUUCUCCCUGCAGCAGACCCCUCGCUCCCUACAGCACCUGGCUCGAUGGAAGUUCAGGAACUACCUAGACGGGCGCGUGCACAAGGUGGUGCCACAGCUAGACCUGCCCACCUUCAUCAAAAACUUCCUGCUGCUGGAGUUCAGAGACUAUGUCCACUGAGUCAGAGAUAGAGUCAGGAUGUAUAUAAGCCCUAAACACUAAAUAUAUGGUGAUACAUGGUAUGAUAUGGUUAGAAUGCCCAGCACUAUAGAGCUCUGUGUUGUAUGUACACUCAGGACAAACACUAGGAAUUCAGUCUGUCUGUGACAAUAUUAGUUUUUGCAGAGUGACACAGAAGGAGGAUCAUCUUCAUAGACCUACAGAUGGUGGUACUACAGUAAGUAGUACCGCUCCUGGAUCCAUUAUCCUCCAGAUUGCAGUAUGAGUAGUGUUCAGUAAAUGGAUACCGUUAUCGACAACAGCAUAUGACAAAACACGUUUUCGACAUAAUUUGUGUCUUUACAAUUGACUGUAUUCAUUUUAUCACUAUUUUCGUUGACAAUUAAAAUGUAUUUUGCGUUACAGCAGAACCUUGUUAAUCUGAGUCACCACAAGGGGGUGCUGUGGUCUUCAAACGACAAAUGAGACUUACUUUAUUGGAUGGCUGGCUUCCUUGUGUUUUUUUUAUUUUUUAUUUGUUAAAGAAACGUCACGUGUAACCUUUUUAAUUUAUAGUGCUAUCAAUGGCACUGAAAUGUAUAUACGUAAAGUCAUCUUACGUUGAAGGAGUACAAGGACAUCGUUAACAUAUUUUGAUCUUGAGAUUUUUUCCCAAAUUAAUCUGACUUCAGAGAAAAAUAGAAAACUAUUGUUUGGCUAAGCACCUUGUCAUGUAAUGGAGAUUGUCCCACCUAGCUAUCUUAAAAUGAAUGCACUAACUGUAAAUCACUCUGGAUAAGAGCGUCUGCUAAAUGACAACCAAAAAAAUAUCAAAAAUGUAUGAUCAAUGUCAAUAUGAUUUUAUGGAUAUAUAGUAAGUAUUUGGUAGACAAUUACUGCUACUUUUUAAAUUAAAUAAGUCCUAAAUGAA